GGCAUGGUUUACGGGCAGAUUCGACGAGACGUGUACGGACCCAACAAGCUUCCGCCAUCUUCCCUACCACAGGCCUCAUGGGGUACGCGCUCCGAAGUUUCCAAGCCUCAAUACGACCAGAUUGCGGAGGAGUUCGAUGCUAGUGUGGAGGGCACGGAAAGGUGGACCGGAAUUAACCUGCUACGAUGGUGGACCAUGCGGAAAGCUUAUGGUAACGUGUUGGAGUCAGGUUGUGGUACUGGAAGGAAUAUUGAGUACCUUCCACUUGAUAAGAUGGAGUCUAUGACGUUCAUUGACCAGUCGGAGAAGAUGCUGAACAAGGCGAAGGAGCACUGGAAACGACUAUAUCCCAAGAAGAGAUAUAUCGACCCAGACGUCAUGGCAUUCGUCAUGAGCGGCGAUCACUCUCUCCUGGGCAACCAGGGCUUCGACACAAUCAUCCAAACCUUCGCCGUCUGCUCCCACCCCGAUCCUCCAGCCCUUCUCAAUCAUCUCACUUCACUUGUUGCUCCAUCCGGCCAGAUCCUUCUGAUUGAGCACGGUGCAUCACAUUACAGGUGGUUGAACGAUGUCCUGGACCGAUAUGCGCCAGCACACGCCGAGAAGUGGGGAUGUUGGUGGAACAGAGAUAUUGGAAAGAUUCUGGAGGAGAGUAACAUGUUUGUGGAGAGUGUGGAGAGAUGGCACUUGGGAACUACAUGGGUGAUCAAGGGAAGGGCGAAGAAGGCGGACGACAAAUGAGGUGUGCGACCGGGAUCUGGUAAGCUGGGACCCGCACUAGAAGCGGGCAGGCAUUCCGACCAUGAACGAGGUUGAAGCGAUCAUCAGAAACGACGUGUAUGACAAGCAUCGGUUGGCAUGCAGAACUUAUAGACACGGCACGGCAUAGACAUUCCCCAUCAAAACAAGC